AGCAUAUCCAAUGAUUAAAGAUGAGUUCCCAUUCAUUGGCCAUUGCAUACCACACCCACUUGUCUAUGUAUCGGCAUCCACACCUACUUGUCUAUAUAUACAUCUCAAGUCAAGACAAUCCCAACCUUUCCAACACAAACAUAAGCUUAGAAAUCAAACGUCAAAGCAUUAGCAAGUAGCAACCAUGGAUUUUGCGCUACCAUUGCCCACAAAUGUCAUUGUAGCAAUCACAUUAGCCUGCACUUUGCUAGUCUACUAUUUUUUCACAAAACCAAAACACCCGCAGAAUAAUAAGAAAUCACCACCAGAAGCUAAGGGAGCUUUGCCUUUCAUAGGCCAUCUCCAUCUCUUAGCACGAUCGUCCAAAUCAGCCUACAAAAUCUUAGGAGAAAUGGCGGACAAGAUCGGUCCAACGUUCAUUCUAAAGCUUGGAGUGCAUCGAACCUUGAUUGUUAGUACCCCAGAGAUUGCUAAAGAGUGCUUUACCACAAAUGACAGAAUAUUCGCUACCCGUCCUACUUCCAUGGCCGCAGAUAUUCUUGGCUACCACUAUGCAAUGUUCGCCAUCAGCCCUUACGGUCCUUAUUGGCGUGAGAUGCGCAAGAUAGCGACUGUGGAGCUGCUCUCAAAUCAUAGAAUAGACCUGCUAAGAGAGGUGCUAAAAUCCGAAGUGAGGACACCCAUAAACAAGAUUCGUAAGCAGAUGAACACAAACGAAACUGCAGUGAAGAUGGACUUGAAGCAAUGGUUAGAAGACUUAAAUCUUAACAUGAUAACUAGGGUGAUUGCAGGGAAGCAAUGUGUUGGGGCUAAGACAAAGGCAGAGAAGGAAGAGUACGAGCGUAUUCAAAAGGGGUUGAAGGAGCUCCUUGCAUUGGCAGGGAGUUUCGCAGUAGGGGAUGCGCUUCCAUUUUUGAGACGGUUUGAUAUUGGAGGAGUUGAGAAAGCCAUGAGAAGGACUUCCAAAGAGAUGGACGGAAUUCUCCAAGAAUGGUUGAAUGAGCAUAAGCAAAAGAGAGCUUCUGGUAAAGUAGAAGGCACCCAGGACUUCAUCGAUGUUAUGCUAUCUAUUUGUGAUAGAGAUGCAGUAAAGAGCUCCAGUCAUGAUGCAGAUACCAUCAUCAAGGCCACAUGCCUGAGUCUUGUUUUAGGAGGUGCAGAAACCUCAACUAUGGCUUUGACUUGGGCCAUAUCACUAUUAUUGAACAACCCUCCAGAGUUAAAGAAAGCGCAGCAGGAAUUAGAUACCUGUGUCGGUAGAGAUAGGCGCAUUGAAGAUUCGGAUCUGCAAAAAUUGGUGUACAUCCCAGCCAUCAUCAAGGAAACACUGAGGAUAUAUCCCCCAUCAGCACUUGAUGCACCACAUAUGUCAACCGAAGACUGCACCAUCGACGGUUUUCAUAUCCCUGCAGGGACACAACUCCUUGUCAAUAUUGCAAAGGUUAAUCAUGAUCCCAGAGCAUGGCCAAAUCCUGAAGAGUUUAAACCGGAAAGAUUUCUCACCACACACAAGCACAUUGACUUCAGGGGCCAAGAUUUUGAAUUGUUACCAUUUGGAAGUGGUAGAAGAGUUUGUCCUGGAAUUCCUCUUGCAAACCAAUCUAUCCUACUUACGCUUUCAAAUUUGCUACAUGAAUUUGACAUUGCAAGCCCAACAGGAGGACCAGUCGACAUGACUGAGGGGCUGGGAUUCACUCUAUUUAGAGCCAAUCCACUUGAAGUUCUGCUUACUCCACGCCUUCCUGCCCACCUUUAUGCUUAAAGUAGUAUCAAUAUGAUACGAAGAGAAGUUUCAUUGUUGUAGACUACCAUAAAUAAAGAGGUAGAGAUAUUCUAGUCCUCAAGUGAAGAAUUGUACUCCAUUUGCUAUUCCUUAAACUUUGAUUUGUCGUAUUUUUGUGGGUUAAAAAUCGAAGGGGAACCGAAUCUUGUAUCAUGGCUCAAUAAUUUUUGGGUUGAUGAUUUCCUUUUCCCUUUCCUUUCAAGUGUCUUCACAAUCCAGA